GACUCGAACCUUUUCGCACUGUUUCAUAAUUGCAACGCCCCUCCCCCCCUCUCUAUCGCUUCUUUCCCCCUUCUCCCAUUCUUUCCCAAAGAAGGGAGAAGAAAUCGUCGAAUGCGGAGCUCUCCUUCUCCUCUCUCUCCUCCAAUUAGUGCUCUUCGAUCUCCUAUCCGUCUCUUUUUUGGGAUUUCUUAAUCGAUUUGAAGAAUUUUGGUGUGGAAGUGAUUCGAUCUGGAGGGAUGCUGGACGUGUCGAGGGUUCAGAAGGAGCUGGUGGAGUGCAACCGGGACAAGGGCAUCUCCGGUGUCAGUAUCGUCCAUGACGGCAGGAGCGACCUCUCCCACCUCUCCGGCACCAUCACCGGUCCCGUCGGCACCCCCUACGAGGGUGGCACGUUCCAGAUCGACAUCUGCCUGCCGAGUGGCUAUCCCUUUGAACCUCCUAAAAUGCAGUUCAUAACAAAAGUUUGGUUAACUUCAACCCAGUCAACACAGCAUACUUUGCUAUCCUUAUGGAGUUUAUUUGUUCUGCACCCCAACAUUAGCAGUCAAAAUGGUGCAAUUUGCUUGGACAUUUUGAAAGAUCAAUGGAGCCCUGCCCUCACUUUGAAAACUGCAUUGCUCUCGCUGCAAGCUCUGCUGUCAGCACCUGAACCUGAUGACCCCCAGGAUGCUGUUGUUGCGCAACAGUACCUGCGUGAUUACCCUACUUUUGUCGCUACAGCUCGCUACUGGACGGAGGUCUUUGCCAAAAGGACAUCAGUUGGAAUUGAAGAGAAGGUGCAGAAGCUGGUGGAAAUGGGUUUCCCUGAGGAUUUAGUGAGGAACACACUGGAGAGUGUAAAUGGUGAUGAGAACAUGGCUCUUGAAAAGCUGUGCUCAGGCUGAAGCCCAUGCUUCUUACUUCAAGGUGUAUUUUUUUUAAAUCCAUCCAAACUGAUCAUCUUCUUCCAUCAUCUUUACUCUAGUUAGCUUCUUAGUUACAAUUUGACAUGAAAAAUGUUACUUGGCACAUGUAACAGAGAUGCCUUAUAGUUAACAAGUUUCUUACUAUAAUUUUUUGCUUA